AUGAUGAAUGUUACUAAACCAUCAUGGAUAACAAUUCCGACUGAACUUAUUGGUUCAUUACCACGGACAACGGUAUUAUUAGAAGGUCAACAAGCAUAUAAAGCAGGUCAUAUGACAGAAAAUCAAUUAAAUAUAUUACAAGAUAAAGCAGUACGACAAACAUUAGCUGAACUAGAAAAAACUGGACCUGGUCAAAUAACAGAUGGUGAACAAGCUAAACCUUCUUUUCUUGUCUAUCCAAUAGCUCCAUUAUAUCCAUCAUCAUAUUCAUUUGAUGAUAUUAUUGAUUGCUUUACAAUAACAUUUUCUGAUGGACAUCAACGAGCGUUACCACGUCUUAUGAAGGCUCCAUUUCAAUAUGGAAAAUAUGCUGUUGAUUAUGUUACUAGAGCUCAGCAAUAUUCACGUCGACCAAUAAAACAAGCUAUUAUAUCUCCAUCAGCUUUAUCAAAUGUUUAUCCUCGAGCAACAAUACCUGGUUAUACUCGUGAACAAUUUCUUGAUGAUUUAGUCAAUGAAGUUGAAAAAGAUAUCCGUCUAUGUUUAGAAGCUGGUGCUGAUAAAGUACAAAUGGAUUUUACUGAAGCACGUUUAUCACUUAAAAUAGAUCCAUCUGGACAAUUAUUAAAACAAUUUAUUCAUUUAAAUAAUCGUGUUUUAGAUAGAUUUGAUAAUAAUUCAGAAUAUCAAUAUAAAAUUGGUGUUCAUAUUUGCCCAGGUGGUGAUAGAGAUUCUUAUCAUUCAUUAGAUGUUGAUUAUUCAUCAGUAUUACCAAUUAUAUUUGAUUUACAUGCGUCAACUUUUUAUUUUUCAUUAGCAUCAGAACGUGAUCGAAAAAAAAGUUUAGCUAUUAUUCGAAAAUUUAUGAAACCAAAUCAUCGUAUUUUUCUUGGUGUUAUUGAUCCAUGUGAUGCACGUGUUGAAACAGCUGAACAAGUAUGUGAUCGAAUAUUGGAAGCUGUUCGAUAUAUACCUAUUGAACAAUUGGGUACAACAGAUGAUUGUGGUUAUGCACCAUUUUCAGAUGACGAAUCAACAACACGAGCAAAAUGUUAUGAUAAAAUACGUGCACGUGUAGAUGGAACACGAAUGGCUGAACGUAUGUUAAAUUUAAGAAAAUAA